CUGGACUGCUGCUCAUUCGCCGACGCAUGCGGGCGGAUCGCUAACUUCACUCAAAAGCUACUCCUCCUUUUGGUUUUUGGGCCUGACGAUGUCGGCGUUGCGUGCGGCGUUGGCGACCUCGAGCAGGACAUCUUGCGCGUUGCGGUCCAUCCGCCCGUCGCCUGUCAGUCUGCGCGCGUUCGCGUCGCCUCAAAGACAGCCUGCGGCACAGAAGAGACAUUAUUCGAUUGGAGGACCAUCGUUGAGCGAGCGGGAUAGGGGCGCCGUAGGGGUCUUCACCCCGACCGCCGCCGCCAUCUUCGUAGCUACUGGCAUCGGACUCUACUUUUACUUCCGCUAUGAGAAGCAAAAACUGCACGAGCGACGCCAGCAGGAACUGCAGGACAGACAAGUCGGCCGCCCGAAGGUCGGUGGGCCAUUCAGCCUGAUCACGCACGAGGGCAAGCCGUUCACGGACAAGGACCUGCUGGGAAAAUGGAGCCUCAUCUAUUUCGGGUUCACAAACUGCCCUGACAUCUGCCCUGAGGAGCUCGACAAGAUGGGCGAGGCGGUAUCCGAGCUCGGCUCACAUCCACAUGCAGACAAGCUCUACGGGCCCAUUGUACAGCCCAUCUUCAUCUCGGUCGACCCCGCGCGGGACACCGUACCGCAGGUCGCGCGCUACGUCUCCGAGUUUCACCCGCGCCUAGUCGGGCUCACGGGCGCCUAUGACAACGUCAAGGCGGCGUGCAAGGCGUACCGCGUCUACUUCUCCACGCCGCCCGGCGUGACCGCUGAGGAAGACUACCUCGUCGACCACUCGAUUUUCUUCUACUUCAUGGAUCCCGACGGGAGGUUUGUGGACGCGUUUGGAAAGACGAACACGGUCGAGGACGUCGUGGAGCGGGUGAAGAAGGAGGUUGGUCAGUGGGAGAAGGAGAGGGGGAGAAAGACAUAA